CCCGCAGAGCAGGGCUCGCGCGUCCUGCCGCAGUCGGGGCGAGCGCCAGCCCGGAGACUCACGCCGGUCCGGCCGCACUUGCUGCUGCUGCUGCCGCUCGCCACGGGGAUCAGUCCAGCAACUCAGAAACGCAGCCUGCACCCUGGGCCACGCAGCGUGGGAGGGCUUCACGGUCUCCGGGGACCGAUUCCGAACUUGCAAGGGGCCGCCGUUCUCCCGGGCCUGGAGAUUGUGAACAGGGUUGCAGAUUUACAAUGACAUGGUGAACCCAAAGGCCGGAACCAAAACGAUUUUCUCAGCUCUUUAGUGUAAACGACAGUGAGUUGAGUUGUCUACCAACAUCCAGAAUGGCUAAAAGUGCAGAGGUCAAACUGGCAAUAUUUGGAAGAGCAGGCGUGGGCAAGUCAGCUCUUGUAGUGAGAUUUCUGACCAAACGGUUCAUCUGGGAAUAUGAUCCCACUCUCGAAUCAACUUACCGCCACCAAGCAACCAUCGAUGAUGAAGUUGUCACCAUGGAGAUCCUAGAUACUGCUGGUCAGGAAGACACUAUCCAGAGGGAAGGACACAUGCGAUGGGGGGAAGGCUUUGUGCUGGUCUAUGACAUUACUGACCGAGGAAGUUUUGAGGAAAUGCUGCCACUUAAAAACAUUCUGGAUGAGAUCAAAAAGCCCAAGAAUGUGACUUUCAUCUUGGUUGGAAACAAAGCUGACUUGGACCACUCCAGACAGGUUAGUACAGAAGAAGGGGAGAAGUUGGCCACAGAAUUGGCCUGUGCUUUUUACGAGUGUUCUGCCUGCACUGGAGAAGGGAACAUCACAGAGAUAUUCUACGAGCUUUGUCGAGAGGUGCGUCGCCGGAGGAUGGUCCAGGGCAAGACCAGGCGACGCAGCUCCACCACACACGUCAAGCAAGCCAUUAACAAGAUGCUCACCAAAAUCAGUAGUUAGGCAGCUCUGUUCUUGUGAAGGCCCUACUGAGGUGGGUCAGGUGAUUGGAAACACUUUCAUGCCCUUCUCCCCUUUUGCUCCCCCCAAAUAAAAGAAAAUAUACCAUUCUUUGUUCUGA